UAUCUUAUCCGCUUCUAAACGGCGACCAGUGUUUUCGAAACUCUCUCCUUACCUUCGAGACGAGACGAGACAAUGGCAUCUUCCACCGUCGCCGGAGCUCUGCUUACCGGUGGUUCUCGAUUACCAUGUUCGUCCUCUCAAAUACCUAGAAAGCUUUCUUCUUCUUCUUCAUCACCACUCUUAUGCCUCAACAAUGGAGACCUCUCCGCACCGUAUAAUUCCCCUCUGCGACUAUCUAGAGGCAGAGUUCAGACAACUCUCAGAAGUAACUCGAAGAGCUUGGCUGUGGGAAAGGGAGCUGAAGAUGGCUUCGUCUCGGAUGUAAGUGAAGAUAGUGAUGAGAUGUUCGACGACUUGUUCAACAAAUAUGGGAAGGUUGUUUACAAGAGCGACGAUGUAAAGUCUCCAUCAGCUGAGGUUGAUGAUGACGCUGAAAGUUUAGCAUUUGCUGUUGAAAUGGCUAAGGUUGCUAGUGAAGUGAAAGCCGGAGACAUUAAGGUUCUCUUUGUGAAGCCUCUCGUCUACUGGACUCGUUUUUUCAUCAUCACCACUGCAUUUUCCCGCCCUCAAAUCGAUGCAAUCGGGUCUAGGAUGAGAGACCUGGCUGAGAAGAAGUAUGGGAGAGUUGCUAAUGGAGAUGUAAAGCCAAAUGCAUGGACAUUGUUGGACUAUGGAGAUGUGGUGAUCCAUAUUUUCUUACCUCCACAAAGAACCUUCUAUAACUUGGAAGAUUUCUACGGAAAUGCCAUGUCAGUUCCACUUCCAUUUCAAGAUGAACCACCACCUCGAAGUUGAUGCUAUAUUUGCUCCAGAAACAAAAAAAGAAAAAGGCAAAUAGUUUGUAAGAACUCUGUUGAUCAAUGGCAUUGUUCUGAUGCUUUUACACAGCUCUCGGCUAAGAUGGUUUUGCUGGCUAAGAUGGUUCAACAACUCUCAGGGGAUCUCGGACAUGUUUUGUAGUUUCUAUAUAGAUUAGAGUGAGACCAUCUUUCUUUAAGGCUGGCUUGGCUCUUCAUGGUGUUAUGUACUCAAGCUGUGUAUUUUAGCCUAUUAGAUAGAAUAUUUUUAGUCCAUGUUCAAAUGAAAUGAAUUCAAAACUUAUUUAUCACAACCAUUGGACGCUACCA